AUGAAAAUGUAAGAACUAAGAAUUGGGAUAUUUUAUCCUCGUUCCAAAUUGGCUAUUGGGUCAUCUUCUAAAACCCUAGGCGGAGCUCCUCCCUUCGAUUCGGCACGGCGGGGGAGAGAGAGUGUGUUUGGAACAUUACUCUGAUUGCAUUUGCUCUUGGAAUUCAUAAUGGCCAAGCGAGAGAUAUCCAGUACUUUGAAGAAUCUGAAGUUUAUGCAAAGAGCACUUCAGAAAGAGGAGAAACUUAAGAAGGAAGAAGAGUCCACACCUGCUGGUGAUUUUCCUUCUUCUACUGCCCCCAAAAGAUGUGUUGUUAUAUUUGAAGGUGAUCCUCAUCCCACUGCAACAAGAGGUCGAAUGUCAUUUUUAAGUUUUAAUCCAUCUAUUGAUAAACUCGACGAGGUAGCAGUUAGCCCUAGUCAACCAGAAGCCUCUGCUACGAGUUCUGGAAGACAAAAAGAAAAAGUGUUGAACAGAGAAAAUGGGAACUUGCAAGAUGGUUCACACUACUUGGAGCCAGAUAGUUUGAGUGGUGAUGCAAGUGGAGGUCUUCAGAGGAAACGAGCUGAUGCCUCUGAAGCACCAUAUCCAAAUAAAUUUCCGAAAUGUUUUCAAGAUGACCAACAUUCAUCUCCAAGUAGAAGUCGUAGUUCGCAAAACCAACACAAGCGUGAAAAGAUGGAUUGGAGUGUUCUCCGGCCUCCGAAGCAUCAAAAGAAAAAGAAGUAAGUGCUAUUAGGUCUGCUGGACUGGUUAAUGUUUCGUUGUACUUUCUUUAGCUGGAUGUCAGGUCACAUAAGUCACAAUUCGCCCUCCUAAAUUUGUAUUUUUUUCCCUUGUCAUUAUUAUAUAAAUACUAUUUAACUUGUGGUAUACUUUGAUUACAAAAAAGUAAAUGCUAUGAAGGUUACUCAAAAUUAUUCUCU